AUCUCUUUCAUCCCAUCCUUCUGUCUUUGCUGUCUCAACAUCCAUCCAUCUCUCGUCCCCUCCCACCCCUCCCUCCAUCUGGCACCCACACCCAUCCUCCGAAUGCUCCACCACGCCUAGUGCCCCUCCAACCCCCUCCCCCAUCAAAAGCAGCACCUUCAUGUCGGCCCUCCAAGGUCAGAGGCCACCUGCAGGUGCUCAGCCUGGGCAAUCGUCCGCCGCUGGGCCCUCGGCAUCCGCCCCCUCCGGCCCUCUGCACGAACAGCCCCAGCCCGUUGCUUCCUCUUCCCGCAACCCUCAGCUUGGGCCGCACCCAUACUUCCGCUACCCCACACCUACGCCCGACCAGAUCGAAGAGGAGCUUCCUCCGUACUGGGAGGACGAGAAUGUUCCCCUAGGGCCGCUGCUUGACCGCCUUGCGCGUAAGAGCUACAGCGACAUGCGCACGCUUGUCGAGAAGACGUUGCCUCCACUCGCACCACGACAGAAACCAAAACAUGUCAUUGAGUAUGCCAAAACAACGCGCCAGGCCGUCCUCAAGUACCUCGCCGUACUCAGGUGGAAGAUGAGCGUGGAUCUGGCGACCACCACGCAACCGCACGCGAACGGAUUGCCAGCUGCGGCUGCCUUCCCCACGCCGCACUCGAAUGGCGAGUCGAACAACACUUCCCCUGUCGCGUUCCCAUCAAAGGGCAAGGGCCGCGUUGAUGGCACCGCUGAGGAGCCCGUCGUGCGCGGCAAGGUCACUGAUGCGAGACGAAUCCAGCAUUUCCUCGAGCACCAGAACCAGCAGCAGGAGGCGGCGAUCACCCACAUACGACAUGUGACUGGUAUGAUCGACAUGUUGCGGGAACGCAAUGCCGACCUCCUCACUGCGCUUUCCUUGCAAUCCACGGGAACUUAUUCUCGACUGCCUGCGCAGCUCAUGGAGGACUGGGUACCGCGCGCACCGCUCCAGCCACCGGCAGUCCUGGCCAACAUAGAGCGGCUGAACGAACACACGCGCUACAGGUUGCGUUGUGUCGACUACGUCCCUCCCGAUCUGGUUGUGGAGCGCGUCGCCGAUGGACGCGUGUACGCUCGCGGUGGAGGAGAGAACGGCUGGAUCGCACAGCUGUCCCUCGAAGGGUUUGAAGAGGACAGCAAGUGGUGGCUCUGCGGCUUUGAGUGGGCCUGGAAGGUUGAUGGGGCUGAGUCCCCGAAGCCAUUCUCCACUCCAGAGCUCAACCAGAUUCUGGCCAUGUGCAAUCACGAGGUACUUGCACCUCAAGAGGGGGAAGGGGACAACGUCGAUGAGGGCGAUGCCAAUGCCGACAAGGCGAAGGUGGACGCUCCACUUGUACGGGUGUACAAUUUCCUGCAACAUUUGUCGCUUGCGUAUCAGCUUGAGGUGCUCUACUCGCAGGCUCUGGCCAUGACACAGGGACGAUGGCGGGGGCAGCUUCAGGUUGAAAUCGACCGCACCAAGAAGGAGCUGCGACUGAGGUACUGGAUCCGACAGCGGACCCAAGCACCACCAGUUGCCGCGCCAGGGGUGAAGCGACCUCCCCAGGCGCCGACCGUGAGCUCUGUCAACAACCAGCGGCCAAUGGUUGGCGGGACUCUGACCUUUACGCUGGCAGAGGCUACAUCGCCGAUGAGUGAGGCCGAGCGGGUGUUGCGAGAAGUCGCUGUGUGCGGGGCCGAGCCAGCAGACCGUACGGUGCGGUUUGAGUUGGGAAUCAAGUGGGAGGUUGGUGAGGCGGGAACGGGCGGCGGACUGAAGGCUGGUGAGGCCAUGGACGCGUCGGGCCUGAAAAUCGACCCAUCAUCUUUGAGCAUGAAGGGGAUCGUCACGGCCGCGACGAGAGCGCACGCUGCACAUCUGUCACGGGUGAACACCACGCCGCUCUUGACGAACGAGCGACUCAUCCUGGAUCCACUCAACCCUCCGCGGAUGGAGGAGUCGGAGUCGUCAAGUACACGACCAGUCUCCCUCGUCGUGCCCUUGCCGUCUCGCGGACAGCUGUCCAUUGCGGUCUCUUCGAUCUCUGGGCUACUCGAGAUCGAAGAUUCCAUUGCGCGUGACAAUGGGCAGGUCAUGGAGAACAACCGCACAUUGCGGGCGAAGCUGGCGACUAACUCGUCCAACGAGCAGAAGACGCGGUUAGCCGACGACGUGUACCGGUUGGUGUCCGCCAUUAUUGUGGAGGAUAUCGAGGACAAUCUGCGUCAACUUGGUUUGCACCCCCUGCGCCGCGUCGCCUUGCGAACCAAUGACCUUUCCAAGACGGACUUGCAUCCGUCUACGACUGUCUUUGUGCCACUACCCGUGUCACAGAACCACUACUUCGUCGCCAAGGUCACGACCAAGGGCAUUGCAUACGAGUUGCUCAAGCUCUUGCGUGUGCCCAUGGAAGGCAAUGGAGGCAUGAAGAUGUCAGUUGGCGAGAGGAUCCCCAUCGACCUCGCCAAGUUGGUCGAGCGACGGGCUGCCAAGGGCGCCAAGCGCAACCUCGAUGGCGAGGAAACGAGUGCAGACAUGGCUAUGCUCAAGUGGGAGAGUGCGGCUGGAAAGAGCGGUCCCUUCCAGGUCCACGCCCGCGACCUACGUGACAUGUUCACUUACUGCAACGCCCUUGUCGCACAGACUAUGGUUGAGCAGCAGCUCAAGGACCGUGGAAUUCCUUACACAGCUCAGUUCCCCGACGAGGACGACUUUGCGGUGCCGCGCAGCCGCUCGGCGCUCGCGGGCAUGGUGCCGAACCUUUGCGUCAAUGCGAGCCACCUGUUCAAGGAUGGGCGUGCGGCCGAGGUCGCGUCGCCCAAAGUUUUCCUUGUCAUCAAGAAUUGGUGGUCCGGGUCACAGUGCAAUGUCGAGACGAUCGUGCGCCUUCGCCACCAGCCAUCUCUCGACAGUCAGCCCGCCGCGCCAGUGGCUCGUGCCUCCGACGCCGGGCGCGCAGAGGGCAUUACGUUCGAUCAAAACACUCUCACUGUGCGCUUCCACGCGCCGAGCAUUGCGCGCUGUGUACCUGAUUUCCUCGAGCAGUGGGAGCGCCUCAGCAAGGUCAUCGUCGUCGCAGGGGAGGUCAACCGCCUUAACAAGCAAGAGGAGUUCCGGGACAUCCGCAUGCUCUCCUUUGACCUGUGCACGGCGAGUGUGCAGUAUGCACCUGGGUUCAACGUGGCGAUAACGUACACACCAACGUCGGACUCGUACGAGGCGUCCUUCUCUCGUACAGCGGUGCACGGUGCGACGCCGGCCCUGGGAGGACCGCAUAGCGAUGGCGGGGACAACCCACACGCGGCACUGGCUCCGCUGCUGUCGGCCCACCUGAACGAGCUUACGCAGCUCGCACCGGUGGGCGGGCGCGGCCACGCGGGCCGCGACUUCUUGCAGCUGCUGCGCGCGACCCUUCCGCUCCUUCUCGAGGCGGAGGCGCUGCGCGUGGCAAGCGCAAGCCCGUAUCCCGCGCUCGUGGUGCGCAGCGUGAUGGAAUACAGGCUGGUGUGGGACCACGAGGCGAAGACGCCUGCGCGGUAUGCCCUCGAUGUGCUUCUCACGCAGGCUGGCAGUGCGCGCUUCCUGCUCUGCGACGCGACGCGGCGCAAGGAUGUCCCAGAGGACCUGACGUGCGGGCCGCUCACGCCUAUCCCGAACAUUGCCAACGCCAUGCUCAAGGGGUUCCAGGCUGCCAAGAUCGCCAAGGUGUCGACGCCGAGCGGGCCAGCGGGCACGCCGCGCACGCCCAACCCCAAGACGCCAGGGAAGGGUAUCACGCCCAAGGAGGCCCGCGUGAAAACCAUCACGCCUGUCAUGCCGCCCGCUGCGCGCCUCGAUGGCGGCGAGAGCAUGAUCUGCUCGCUGGGGGUCAUGCACGAGGUACUGCGUGCGAUUUCGAACGAGAUUGAGAUCUCCAUCGGUGGCGUACCUAUGGGGCCGGGGAGUGCGCGGGGUUAGAGGAGAGAGGAGAGAGUCGGUCACAUGCAUUGCAUUAGCAUUG